CACUGCAGCAAAGCCGAGAGGAAGCUGACGGAAAGUUCCAGCCAAGAAGUGUGUCCAUCCUGCAUCAGCUGGAAAUGCUGCUCAGAAGAUCCCGACAUGUCCAGCUUCUUCCGCUUCUUUGUGCAGUUUGCAGUCUCACUCUGGCUUUUCCCACCCAAACUCCAUCUGCAUACGAUGAGGUGCGGCAGCUCCAGGUGAACAUCCCCCACUCAGGCCCGGUUUCUGCCCCACUGGGCAGCUCCACCUCCAUCCCCUGCCUGGUGUCUCUGUCCUCCGCCUCCUCCUCCUCCUCCUCCCCUCCCGUCAUCCCGCGGGUCAAGUGGACGGUGGUGUCCGGUGGGGUGGAGACGCAGAUCCUGGUGGCCCGCGGUCAGAGGGUGAAGGUCAACGAGCUGUACCGAGACCGCGCGGCGCUGCUCAACUACACGUCCACGCCCAACGACCUGUCGCUGUGGCUGGGAGACCUGCGCUCCAGCGACUCGGGCCACUACCGCUGCGAGGUGCAGCAGGGCCUGGAGGACGCCAGCGACCUGGUGCAGCUCAAAGUCAAAGGCGUCGUGUUCCACUACAGAGAUGCUUUCGGUCGAUACUCCUUCUCCUUCCGUCAGGCCCAGAGAGCCUGUGAGGCCAUCGGAGCCCAAAUUGCGACUCCCGACCAGCUGCUGGCGGCUUAUUACGACGGGUACGAGCAGUGCGACGCGGGCUGGCUGGCAGACCAGUCCGUCAGGUAUCCGAUCCAGGUGCCCCGUGAGGGUUGCUAUGGAGACAUGGAUGGGCAGCCGGGAGUGAGAAACUACGGGACGAUGGAUCCAGAUGACCUGUUUGAUGUUUACUGUUAUAUAGAGCAAAUUGAUGGGGAGGUGUUCCACGACUCCAUCCCACAGCAGAUAUCGUUUGGUGAAGCUCAGUCGUACUGCAGAGCCGCCGGGGCAGAGCUGGCCACGACAGCUCAGUUGUACUCGGCCUGGAGCGAAGGACUGGACCGCUGCAGUCCCGGGUGGCUGUCGGACGGCAGCGUGCGCUACCCCAUCAUCACCCCCAGGGAGCGCUGCGGAGGGGUCCAGGCGGGCGUGAAAACUAUCUAUCGCUUCAGCAACCAAACGGGUUUCCCAGAACCGUCCAGCCUGCACGACGUGUACUGUUUCAGGGAAAACAGAAACGCCUCCACUGACUCUCCGAUGGACUACAUGGCCACAGAAACCGAAGACAUCGCGCAAAAUGUUGUCAUUCUGUUGGAGAAAGAUCAGGAGCUUCAGAUGAACCAGCAGACGGAACAUGUGGAGCGAGAGGCCCAAAGUGUGCUCGAGUCGCUCCCCUUUUUCUCCGUUCCUUCCUCCACUGAAGAAAACCUCGUCGACACACAUCCAACAGUUACAUCGGGCACUACAGAGUCCACCCUCCACACCACCUCCACGCUGGACCUCCUUCGGCCGUCGGAUGAAAGUUUACCUCCUACAGAACCGAGCUACGACUCAACGCUGAUCAACAGCACCAUCAGCAGCACACACGCCUACAAUUCAGAGCAGAACACAUCGUUUGUGCCUCAUGUUUACAACGAGACAGAUUCCCACCAGAACUUCACCUUCCACCAGUUGGAGCUUGAGGAAACCACAGAGGAACCUCAGACGGAGAACCAGACAGUGCCAGACGCAAACAAAGACGAAAAAAUCCUGCAGUCUGAGGAGAUGAAAGAGAUGCAAGAGACCGACUUGGGUUUUGACAGAUCACCAGAUAAUUAUAGCGAGACGGAGAGCAACCACACUCAGGAGGAGAGUUUCUGGGAGGUGACCUCUGUGACCUCUGAGCCUGUGGUGCAGGUGAAGCUGGAGGAGGCAGCGGCAGUAGAAGAUGAUGUGCAGAUCACGACUCAGGCCUCAAAGGAGGAAGGAACUCUUCUCACACAGCCAGCCCAGGCUAACACAUCUACCGUUGAGGCAGGAACCUCACUGUGGGCCCACAUGGAUGGAUCUGGAGACAUGCUUCAAGAGAGCGACCUUGAUGUGGUGACAGUUGGCGUCACAUCCACGACAGCUUCUUCCACUUCCAUCUUCACCACUCACCCGUCUCCUUCUGCCUCAGCGAGCAGCGCUCCUGCUGAACCUCAGACAGCGCUUCCAGAUCCGACUCUCUCCUCUGGGCCUCGCUAUUCUGAAAAGCUGGGCUUUGACAUCUUCUCCACUGCGUCACAGCUGUGGGAGUCCAUUUCUAGACAGGAGGGAAGCACAAGCGUAGAAGCUGAAGACACACUCAACGCGGAAAGCGAGGAAAAGCAGCUGCACACAACAACGUCCGAACACCAGCUAGUUUCUGGAGUAAGUUUAGUUCCCACCGAGUCUCCAGAUGCCUUGAACGCCUCCCGCUCGCCCAUCGAUUCAGCCACAGCAGGAUAUCAUACCCCAGAUUACAGAGUGUAUCUGGAUACCGUGACCAGUGUCUAUGAAGAGGCAAGCGGACAUGAACCUGGAACUGUUACUGCAACCCUUCGAGAAGACAUUAAAUUUGCCCCAAAUCUAGAAGAAGAAAUUAAAAUUUCACCAACUCUCAAAGGAGAUGCCAAUGGUUCCUUUUCACUGGGAAAAGAAGUUAAGGUUUCCCCAACCCUUGUCCUUGAAGAAGAAGCAAACGCUUCCUCAACGCUGCAAGGGGAAGCUGUGGCACCAUCCGUUUCCCUUGAAGAAGAAGCUAAUAUUGCCCCAACACUUGAGGAAGAAUUUAGUCCAAAACUCGGAAUGGAAAAUAAUGUUGUUCCCACAGUUGAGGAAGAAGAUAAUGUUGUCCCAACUGCUGAAGAAGAAGCCAGUGUUGGCCCAACACUUGAGGAAGAAGAUAGCGUUGGCCCAAGCCUCAAAAAGGAAACUACUGUUGCCCCAACACCUGAGGAAGAAGAUAAUGUUGUCCUGACCCUUGAGGAAGAAGAUAAUGUUGUCCUGACCAUUGAGGAAAAAGAUAGGGUUGGCCCAACCCUUGAGGAAGAAGGUAAUGUUGCCCCAACCCUUGAGGAAGAAGGUAAUGUUGCCCCAACCCUUGAGGAAGAAGAUAAUGUUGCCCCAACCCUUGAGGAAGAAGAUAGGGUUGGCCCAACCCUUGAGGAAGAAAUCAAUGUUGUCCCAACCCUUGAAGAAGAAGCCAACAUUUCUGCAACUCUUGAAGAAGAAGCCAAUGUUCCUCCAGCCCUUGAGGCCUUCACCAUCUCACCUCUAAACUCUCAAACAUCUCAGUGGGCUCUGCUGUCCACCACAACUGAACCCCAAGAAUCUCUAAAUGAGCUUGAGUACAGCCAUGAAACCUCCUCCACAGCAGCAUCAGAUCCGUCCCUGAGAACGAAACCCACUUCUGCCACCGCAAAGACGACGACAACGACCACCACCACCUCCACCUCCACCACCACGCACUGGUCCAGACGCACCUGGAGCCCGGCCACCACCACACCCAGAGUCCUCCACGAGAUACCACCAGUGGAUCACGGUCUGCUGGAUGUUGAGCUUAGUCUCACCCAGCCGCCCACCCUGCUCAUCUUGCCCAACGAGAGGGCAGCUGUGGGCGGUGCAGGGAAAUUUUCAGAUGCCUGCGAGGACGAUCCCUGUCUCAAUGGAGGCACCUGCACUGACCAAGGAGGGCAGGUUAGAUGUCUCUGCUUGCCAACAUACGGAGGAGACUUCUGUCAGAGGGACCUGGAGCGAUGUGAACCAGGCUGGGACAAGUUUCAUGGUUUCUGCUAUCGACACUUCAGCCAGCGUCUGAGCUGGGAGGUGGCAGAGCAGCACUGCCGCAUGCUGGGAGCUCACCUGGUGUCCAUCAUCACCCCCGAGGAGCAGAGUUACAUCAACAGCAAUUACAAAGAAUACCAGUGGACCGGUCUGAAUGAUAAAACUAUUGAGGGUGAUUUCCGCUGGUCUGACGGCAACCCACUGCUUUAUGAGAACUGGUACAGAGGGCAGCCAGACAGCUACUUUCUGUCCGGAGAAGACUGUGUGGUGAUGGUGUGGCACGACGACGGCCGCUGGAGCGACGUUCCCUGCAACUAUCACCUGGCAUACACCUGCAAGAAGGGAACCACCUCUUGUGGUCCACCACCAAAGCUCCGAAACGCCUUCACAUUCGGAAAAACCCGACAGAGAUAUGAGACCAAUGCGGUCGUGCGUUAUCACUGUGCAGAGGGUUUCCAGCAAAGACUAAACCCUCUGAUCAGGUGUUUGUCUGGAGGUAUCUGGGAAAGGCCCCAAAUCCUGUGUAUCCCUGAGGCUGGAGGCCCAACGCUGCACCCCGAUGUGACGUCACCGACCGACGGCAACUUUGCUGCAGCCGAAGACGAGUUCGAGGCGACUAAAGAGACGCCGCAGUACUGGGACAUCAAGUUUUAAGAGUCAGCCGUGCUUGUCUUGUCUUUUUUUUUUCUUAAACUCUGUUACUGUAACACAACAAGGUGUAAAAAAUCAAGUGCUUUUACCAAUGACUGCUCAAACAGGACAAAAUGAACCACAGAGGCAUCAAGACACAAACUAAAGCUUCCUAUCAGUCAGUCACAAAGAGACUGAAGCACAGACGAGGAGGUAAACAUUCCUAUUUCUUGUCCUUUUUUAAUAUUUUCUACUGUUUUUUGGUUAAAGACAUUUUAAACAGUUAGUGCAGCGACUGGCUUAAACGUAGUUGAUUUAAAAAAAAAAAAAAGAAAAAGUGUGAACUCUAAAUCUACAUUAAUAACAGUUCUCUUUGUGGUUUUUGGUGCAUCAAGAACCUUUUAACAAAAUGGUGCUAAAGUCUUCAAGACGCUCUCAAAGUAUCCGGUAGAAAUGUUUGUCUUUAUGGUGACGUGUUCGUACUUUGUCAAAGAAUCCUGCAACUCCAAAGUCGACUUUAAAGAAACAGUCAGUAUUGUAGUUUUCACACCUGUGAUUGCUGUCCGCGUUUUUUUCUGAGAGGAACCUUUGUUUUUCCGGCAGACACAGUUUUGUUCGUCAGCUUUAUGUUGUAAUAAAGUUUU